GCAACCAGAGGAGCAGGUACGAGCAAAGAUACCUUUCGAUGUUUGUCUGUCCAAGUUGGCCGCUCCUGAAGAAAUCCUUGCUUUUAGUUCAGCAGCAGAGAAAGAGGUUCCUAUGCAGAAGAUUACACGCCUCAGGACAUUCCCAGAUUACCUAGUCAUUCAGCUUGUCAAAUUUGGCAUCGGUCAAGAUUGGGUUCCAAUGAAGUAUGAUGUAUCCAUUGACAUGCCAGAAGUUCUGGACUUGUCUGUUUUAAGAGGGUUUGGACUGCAAGAAGGUGAAGAGGAGCUUCCAGAAACUACAGCUCCUCCACCCAAAGAACCAGAAAUAGAUGCAGGUAUAGUCCAACAAUUAGCAGAAAUGGGAUUCCCAUGGGAGGCAUGUAGGAAAGCUGUUCACCUCACAGGGAACAAUGGAACAGAGGCUGCCAUGAAUUGGGUCAUGGAACACAUGGGUGACCCAGAUUUUGCUGACCCUCUUGUCAUUAAGACUGACACAAAAAGUAACGAUACUUUCACGGCAAAUGAAGAGGGCCUUGGAAUGCUGAUGUCCAUGGGAUUCACACGAGAGCAGGCAACUUUAGCUCUUAAGGAAACCAGCAAUAAUCUAGAACGUGCAGCAGAUUGGAUAUUUUCACACCAACAUGAGCUUGAUUCUCUUUUAGCGGCACAGAGUGGUGCUGCUGCUCCUCCCCCACAAAAGCCAAACUACACAGAUGGAGAACCUAAGUACGAGUUAACAGCAUUUAUCAGCCACAUGGGAACCUCCAUCUUUGUUGGCCACUAUGUUUGCCACAUUAAGAAAGAUGGAGAGUGGACAAUCUUCAAUGACAAUAAAGUCUCUAAAUCUGCAGAUCCACCCUUGGACCUUGGUUAUAUAUACCUUUAUAAACGUGUAAAUAAUUAGGGACUGGUGGUAUGAAUUUGAGAAUCUGUGGCAGGAAGUAGGUAGUGGCCAUUUUGAAAAUUUCAUUAUGUACCAAGUGCAGACCUAUACCAGAGGGAGGAUGAAAAGAGGAUGAAUAGCAGAUAGCUUAAGGAGUUUCACAAAAGAUUUUUUAUGAGAAUCUUCUUAGAGACUGAGUGUCAUGUACCAAUUACUUGGAUGUUUUAUGCAUUUCCCUUGUUUUUUUCAGUUUUAAGGAUUUGUUCUACUUCAUAUUGGUUUUAUGUUCUUGAGGCCAGGGUUCUAUGCAUUUUAAUUCCACUCUUCCAAGUUUCAUUUGUCCUCAAGACUGACAUUGUUAACAAGAAUCUUUGCUCUAUUUUCAGAGGAGAAAGAGCAGUACACAUCACAUUAUGCAAAGAAAAAGGUUUAUGACUUAACCAAAUAAGAGGCCUUACAUUUUCUUAAGAGAUAUGCAAUAUAUAAAGUAAACAGAAUGUGAUAUAUAUAAAUAUAUGGACAUGUUCAUGGGAGCAAAGCAAAAAAUGGACAAAAGAAGAGGAAAUAUUUCAUCAGAGGUCAUGCUGGCUAGGUGUAAAUGAUGCUUGUGAACUCUACUGUGUCUCUAAUAUUUCUGAUCCCAGUCAAGAAGAAUGGGGCUCUGUCAAGACAUGCAAGCCUGUUUUUUUUUUUUUUUUUUUUUGCUGUCAUUUUCCAGUGCUUUUGUUGGCACAGAUAUUUGGAUCUCAAUCUUUCAGUAACUUUUAGGAAGGAUGCAAAAACACAAGGGAAAUUGAUGAGCAUUGGCAUUCUAGAAGUUCCCCAUGAUUUUUGAGUCCAAUACCAGCACUUUAAUAUUUCCAUUGUGUUUAGUACCUAGCUGUGAAUUUUACAGUCCUAAUAUUCCACCAGUUAGAUUGGAUUAAGUGUUAUUAGUUUGUUUUUUAUUAACUUUCCUAAUACAGCUAUGCUUAAAAUUAAUUGUUAGCUUAAAGCACAGCCACUAACAAUGUUUUUUUUAAAGAAUUUGUACUUGAAUUUUGUGUGUAGAAAAUUUUAUGGACAUAUGUGGUUUGUGUGUAUGUGCGUGCAUGUAAAUAUCUGUUUACAUGUUUGUGUAUGUGUUUGUGUGCAUGCAUGUGUUUGUGUACAUGUGUAAUUGUGCAUUUCUGUGUACAUGUGCAUGUAUGUGUGUGAGCAUACCUAUACAUAUAUACAUAUAUGCAAUAUAUUUACACAUCCACAUGCAUAAUCACAAUCAUACACACUCACACUCACAUUUUUAUCUAGUUAUUAUUAAAGUACGACUGUUUUUCACAAGCCUAAACUCUAUUGUCACCAGAUUUGAGCUGGCAUCCAUACUUUUUCAUAAUUUAAUGAUGUGAUAUAAUUUCAUUUUUAAAGUAGCGAAAUGGAGGAUCUCACACGAAUAAAAUACUUUUGGAAACUUAGUGUAAGUGUCCUGUUUUGUAGAAACUUUCCUUAGGUUGUAUCUGGUAUAUUGCCAGGGAAGUGAUCACAGUCUUGUGAUAUUGUCAGUCAUGGCUGCUACUGCUUUUCUGUUCCAUGAAACCAUUUUUUUCUGCUUAUAUUUUGUAAUUUAUGUUUUCUGCAAAUUUAUUUAGGUAUUAAUUGGUCUUUCUGGACCUGCAGUGUGUGGAUAUGUUUGUUAAUAAAACAUAAAAGAAAAUC